UUGCAACUUUUUCAGAUGCUGAACCCGCUAAAGAAAGUAAAAUCGUAGGAGGUUAUCCAAUUAGCAUUUACGAAGCCAGUUAUCAAGUAUCCCUAAGAGUUAAAGCAAGAGAAAAAUCCCGAGGUUUUGGUCAAGGUCAUAUUUGUGGUGGAUCCGUAAUUGGACAGCGAUUGAUUUUAACAGCAGCUCACUGUGUACAUAAAUAUGUUGCCAAUGAUUUUACAGUGGUAAUGGGAAAUGCUAAUCGUCUACUGCCCGACCCUCAGCAAUUACAAUAUAAUGUUCAACAAAUUAUCUCACAUUAUAGAUAUAAUGCCACAACUUUUAUCAAUGAUAUAGCUUUGUUAUUCAUAAAUGGUUAUAUACCCUGGAAUUGGUCCACCGUAAAGGCGAUACAGCUUAAUACGCAACAAACAGCAGCUGUUAGUAUGUGUAAAAUUAGUGGAUGGGGUGAUAUGGGAAAUGGACAACUGUCGGUAAAUCUUUGGGCUGCCAUCGUACCCAUUAUAUCCUAUGAACAAUGUCGCAACAGUUAUGGUUAUAUUCCCCUAUCUAUGAUUUGUGCCGGUUAUAUGUCUAUGGGUGGCGUGGAUGCUUGCCAAGGUGAUUCGGGUGGACCUUUAGUUUGCAAUGGUCUACUAACAGGCGUAGUGUCGUGGGGUGAGGGCUGUGCCUUAGCCGAUAAACCGGGAGUUUAUACAAAUGUUAGUGCGUUUUAUGAUUGGAUUGUCGUACAAAAUAAGACUUUAAAUUAUACUCUCUAUAGCAAUAGCGCUAGAAGUUUAGUUUUAAUUAAUUAUUUUAAUAUUUUUGUAAUUGUUAGUUUAUUGCCAACCUUUAACCGAGCAACACGAUUUUGUUAUAACACAUUUCUACGGUUAAAGGAGAAAAUCAUUUUCAAAAUGUUUAAAUGGAAUUUAUCUUGGAUUUUGGUUUUGAGUUUUGUAUUGCUAUUGCAAAUUAAUGGCAUAUUGGCUGGCACUUCUCCUUUGGAUUUUUUGAAAUCUGCUAAACCCACAGAUCCCAGAAUUAUCAAUGGCACUGAGGCCACUUUGAAUGCAACUAUGCAUCAAGUCUCUGUUAGACGUCGUUUGAAUGAUGGCUAUUUCUUUGGUACUGGUCAUAUAUGCGGUGGAGCUUUGAUUUCCGAAAAUGUGGUCUUAAGUGCUGCUCAUUGUUUUGUGAAUUACAAUAUGGCUGAACCUGAUGGUACAUUUUUACCAGACGAAGAUUUCAUUGUGGUCAUGGGAAAUCUUGAUCGUUUUGAAUACAACAACAAUACCCUAGUAUUUGAUAUAAUAAAAAUAGUAAAAAAAGUCCCACAAUUUAAUUUAAGCACCUUUGACGAUGAUAUAGUCCUAAUAAUGUUAAAUGGUACAGUACCUGCUAGACAUCCCACCAUUAGGCCAAUAAUACUCAAUGAUGCACCUUUGGCUAAUAAUACCAUAUGUCAGGCUACCGGUUGGGGUAAUACCGAAGAUGGUUAUCCUCCCGACUUCCUCAGAACUGUGGAUUUGCCCAUUAUAGAUGUAAAUGAUUGUCGUAAAAAAACCGAAUAUGGUUCGGCGAUACAUGACGGUAUGAUUUGUGCCGGUUAUUUGCAAGGUGAAAAAGAUGCUUGUCAAGGUGAUUCUGGUGGUCCUUUGGUAUGUUUGGGUCGUCAAGCUGGUGUUAUUUCAUGGGGUCAAGGUUGUGCUCAACCUAGAAAUCCUGGUGUUUAUACGGAUGUAGCUUUUUUUAAAAAUUGGAUAUUAAAUGAAACAGCUUUUAAUAAUGGUACUUUGCCAAAAUUUGCUCCUGGUAGCAAUGGUGUUUCGGGUUUAAGUUGUUCAGUAUUUUUAGUUAGUUUAAUGUUGGUAUUUAAUUUUGUUUAUAGUGAAAUGAAAUGAGUAAAUAAAUAAAUAAGUAGUAAUAAAAAUUAGUGAAUAUAUUC